UAUCAAGAUAAACGUAAAACAGCAGCAGUUAUUUUAUAAAUGACGCGUUUAGCCUGCACAAUCCAUGUUGCCACAUAUGCAAUAGUAGAAAUUGUCAAUUUUGUUAACCACACUUUUUCCAACAGCGGUUUUCGUCCAAAAAAUUUUUUUUUUAUAACAUUCUUACUUACAAAAUGUCCAUGAACAAAUUCAUGCACCCACGAAAUAUCUACAAAAAUCCACCGAACUUUAAGCAAUUGGCCGUAGAAUUUCCAGAGUUUAAAAGACAUGUACGUAUCGAUAUCACUGGAAAAGUUCAGUUUGAUUUUAAAGAUCCUGAAGCCUUAAGGGCCCUGUCCCACACACUUUUGCUGAAGGACUUCCACUUAGACGUGUGCAUACCCGUUAACAAACUCGUCCCUACCAUUCCUUUGCGGUUAAACUACAUUUUAUGGAUUGAAGAUCUUCUGGAUUUUAUAGGAAGAAUUGAUCACGUUGAGGGGAUCGACAUUGGUACUGGAGCAUCUUGUGUCUAUCCGUUGAUAGCGGCACAGAAAAAUCAGUGGUCAAUGCUGGCUACUGAAGCUGACACAGGUAGCUUCGAGCAGGCCAAGCAAAAUAUAGUAUCAAAUGGUUUCCAGCAUUUGGUUAAAGUUGUUCAAGUUUCAAAAGAUAUCUUUCUAGCAGGAGCAGUGGACGCUGAUAAAGUCUAUGACUUUUGUAUGUGCAAUCCACCGUUUUUUGCUAGCACCCAAGAACUGCAUCCAUUUUUCAAAGCUCGCACACAAAACAGGCCGCAUCCGAAGAAUGCAUUUGUCGCAAGUGUACAUGAAACUGUCGCUAAAGGCGGCGAAGUGGACUUUAUUCAGAAAAUGAUCGCUGAAAGUACGCAGUUGAAAACUCAAAUUAAGCUGUAUACUACAAUGGUGGGUCAGAAAAGCAGUUUACCUGCUUUGAAGAAGUGUUUGCGUGAAGCUAAAGUGCACAGCUUCAAAGUAGCGGAGUUUUGUCAAGGAAACACCACCAGGUGGGGUUUAGCUUGGACCUAUCUGAAUCACGAUUUAAGAAAAGCAUCAGAGGAAGCAAAGAUAGCGACCAAGUCUUAUAAACAGCGAGGUCCUCUGCUUUAUGACUUGGAAGGGGAACAAAACACUCCGGAAAAUAUUGUGAAAAUAACGUCUAUGUUCCUUCAAUUAUUUAAGAGUCUGCAAAUGAGCUGCGAAGAUGUGAGCAGGAACAAACUUCAUCCUCGGUACUUUGUGACUGCUUCUUCAAACACUUGGUCCCAUCAGAGACGUAAGCUCAGAGCAAAGCUGAGACAAGGACAACUAGCAGAAUCGAAAACUAUUGACGAUCCUGCAGACAGUUCAGCAGCAAAACGAUCGCUUGAUGAUUUACUGUGCGAGUCAACUUGUAAGAAGUUAAGACUCAGCACCGACUCUGAGAGCAGUGAUCAUGCCUUUUACAAGUUUAUGUUUGCAAUUAACUGCCUAAACAAGAAACUUAUACUUGAAUUGAAUACUUUGGAUAACAAUGUUGACAGGGAACCGUUACACCAAAUUAUGCAAUUCAUUAAAAACAAUUGUAGAAACCUAGUAAACUAAGUCGAAUUUA